AUGAUCAGACAGUUAUUGAAAGAUAGGUUUGAGGUUCGAAAGUUUGGAAAUGCAGAGAGAAAAAAUCAGGCAUCACACUGGCUAGCAUUACUAUUGUCAUUUACGGUGAAAGAAGAUUUGAGAGGCCAAAAAGGAAGUGCAUUGGUGGUGGAUGACCAGCCGGACAGUGUGGGGGAGAGGGAGGAGAACAGUUUCGACGUGAUGGCCGUGUCAUUGGCUGAAGAGAGGCUGAAUACAAGAUCUCGCAGAGGUGGUGGCGGAUUGGUGACAGCGAGUAGGGCUGAGAUGGCGGUUAUUCUUGAAACGGUGGCUGUCGGAGUGACCCGUAUGAAAUUUUGUGAUGGGCUGUCAAUUUCUGAGGUGAAUUUACUGAAAACUAAUGAAUUGGAUGCUAUGGUGAAAAGGGUUUGUGGAAGAAAGAUCAGUGAUUGCUUAAAAAGGGCAGAUGAAGAGGAUCAGAUGGAUUCUGAGAGUAAUAGAAGGGUUUUGGCGUUUCAUAGAAGGUAUAUAAGUUAUGAUACUUUGAAGAGGGAUACUGUGCCAUGUUCAAGGCCUGGGGUUUCAUAUUAUAACUCUGCAGAAGCACAAGAUAGACCCGAGAUAGUAAUGCAGAAGCUGAUUCUCCUCAGGCUUAUGAUGUUGCCUUUAGUAACUGAAGAUAGUAGGAGCAAGUAG